AUGCCAUCAUCUCGACCAUUCGAUUUCACCUCUUCCUCCGCUUCUUCGCGACGCUUCAACCGAGCACGCCCUGCAUCCGAUGAAGAGGACCAGUCAGAUGCAGACGACUACCGUCGUGUGAAGAAGGCUUCUGCUCUUCUACCCAGCAGCAAGACCUCACACAAAUCUUCCUCUGGCGCUGUACCAUCUCGCUCCAAACGUGCGCCAGACAAAGCCGAGGGGGACUACGACCAGGUCCGACCAAUCAAAAAGAAGACCAAUCGAGACACCACCUCAGAUGUCGAAGAAGAAGAGCAACCAGCCUCUACUCUCUCCGAAGAACUCCUUCUUGAGCGUAAAGCAUACGACGAAUGGGUGGACAAGAAACUCAAUAAGCUCGUUUCAAAACGCGAGCAGAUGCUCGAAGAGCGCGUUGACAGUCUUCGCACCGAAAGGGAUGAGAUUCAGUCUCAAUACGACGAGCUGAGACAACUAAGGAAUACAGCUCCAGAACAAGCAUUGGAAGAGUUCAAAAAGGCUGCCGAAGCGAGGUAUAGGCAUGAUAAAGACCUCAUCGCUUCACUGAAGGUUAAGGUGGAAGCGGCAGAGAGGAGGACAAAAGAGCCCGAGAGCGGUGAUAGGAGUAUGAGCAUCCUCAAUGCUAGUGUUAGGGAAAGUGUGGCACCUGAACCAUCCGAUCGGUUGGAGGAGAUGGAGAAACAACAUAAGAAGGAACUCGCAGAAGCACAGCGCGUCCAAAAGAGACUAGAGGAAGAUGUGCGCAAUUACAAGUUGCAGCUGGAGCAGGAAAUUGCUCAGUCAAAAGCUUUGCUCGCGGCUGCUUCUUCCUCCGCUCCCACUUCCACCGCCGCUAAACCGGCAAAGAGCACCACCGAAUCCACCGCCGCCUCAACGUCUUUAGCAGCAAUGGAAGACGAGAAAGCGGUCCGCAAACUCUACGAAGACUUGACCGGCUUAGUCGUUACCGGUGUCGAACGCAUCUCUCCCUCUGAACCCUACCGAAGAUUCAAAGCGAUCUUUGCACAGGAAGACUACUAUUCGAUCCUCAUGGAUUUGGAAGAGAGUUCGUCGAAGGUCAGCGGGGCAAGUGGUAACGGAAAGGAAGGGUCGAGGGACGACAUUGUCUAUGUGCCAAAGAUCGAUGAGGAUAGGGACAGCGAGUUAUUAGACAGCGAUAUGGUUCCGCAGGAAUGGUUGGAUGCGCUGAGGUUUGAUAGGAAUAUGUUGUUCAAGUGGUACGAGAAGACGAGGAAGGCAUUGUUGACAGAUGAGGCAAGGUUGAAGUUGAGGGCUAGGGAAGAACGAAAUCGACACUAA